AUGAAAGUGAAGGUUCUGUCUCGCAACCCGGACGAGUACUUGAGGGAGACAAAACGUGACAUCCACAAGGUCCCCAGGAACUAUGACCCCGCCCUGCACCCACUGGAGGCGCCCCGCGAGUAUGCGCGGGCGCUGCAGUCCACCAAAAUGGAAAGAAUGUUUGCCAAGCCGUUCGUAGGGAACCUGGACGGUCACCGAGACGGUGUGGCAUGCAUUGCCAAGCACCCCCAGACCCUGUCGCUGCUGGCAAGCGGAGCCUGUGAUGGAGAGGUACGCUUUUGGAACCUGCCCCUUCGUGAGUGCACUAGAUCGUUUCAAGCCCAUAACGGCUAUGUUCGUGGCCUGACAUUCACUCCAGAUAGUCAGAAUCUCUUAUCCAUUGGAGAUGAUAAAACUAUCAAACUGUGGGGUCUUGAAGAAGGGCAGGAAGAGCCAAUCAACACAGUCCUCAGCAAGACUAUACUUACCUCACUGAGCCAUCAAUAUGGAGAAAAUAAGUUUGUGACCUGUGGAGAAGUAUGUCAACUCUGGGAACAUGGCCGCAAUGAACCUAUUCGUACCUAUGAGUGGGGUGUAGAUAGUCUUCACAAUGUCGCAUUUAAUCAAAUUGAAAAUCAUUUAUUAGCUGCAUGUUGUAGUGACCGAAGCAUCAUUUUAUAUGAUACUAGGGAUACUGGCCCAAUCCGGAAAAUUGUAAUGAAAAUGCGUGCCAAUAGCCUCUGUUGGAAUCCUAUGGAAGCCUUCCAUUUCACAGUAGCCAAUGAAGAUUUCAACCUUUACACAUUUGAUGCCAGAAAGAUGAAGUAUCCAAUCAAUGUCCACAUGGAUCAUGUGGAAGCUGUGGUAGAUGUUGACUACUCUCCAACAGGCAAAGAAUUUGUUAGUGGUAGUUACGACAAAUCAAUUAGAAUAUUUGAAGUUCACAAGGGUCAUUCUCGUGAAAUAUAUCACACAAAACGGAUGCAAAGGCUUACAGUGGUUUCAUGGUCGCUGGACAAUAAAUACAUUAUGAGUGGAUCUGAUGAAAUGAACAUAAGGGUUUGGAAGGCCAAUGCAUCAGAAAAAUUGGGAGCUCUGAGGCCAAGGGAAAAGGCGGCUCUUGAAUAUCAUGAAGCUUUGAAAACUAAAUUUGCCCAGCAUCCACAAAUCAAACGCAUUGCCCGCCAUCGUCAUGUGCCCAAACACAUUUACCAUGCGUCCGAGGAACAGGCCAUCAUGCGAGAGAAGAUGAAGCGCAAGGAGGCUAACCGGCGGAAACACUCUAAGAAGGGGACAGUGCCUCACGUUCCAGAACGUCAUAGACAUGUUGUCAAGGAGCAAAAAUAGAAUAAUUCUGUCACUUUCAAAAUUCUUUGUUAAAUGUAGAAAAAGGAAAAAAUGGCUUAUGAAAUAUCUGUUACUUUUGACUUUGGCUACCACAUAUUUAAUAAAUUAUCUUAUUAAUCA